CUAUGCGCUGAGAGCUGUGAUUAGUUAGAAAGGCAAGCAUAACCGGACCAGAUUGGUUCUGGACUCCCCGGAGCCGCCCCUGUUGUUACUUCACAGCAUUCUGAAGACCUGUCCACCAAUCACUGGGCUCCUUACUGGGUGAAAAAAAAACAACUGCUAGACAUUGCCAGGAGCCCCUAGCAACACUGUGGCUUUUAAAAUCCGGAAGGGGAGGCUGUGCAGUCAGCUGAGAGUAGAGGAGAGUGCCCAUGCCUCAGGAAGAGACAGCUCUCAGGAUGGACACCCCACCCUCUGAAAAGCCCUUAGAUAAGCAAAACAAAAAGCUAGAAAACCGGGAAGAGGAGAUGGAGUUUAAGGAACUGGAUGGUCUGAGGGAAGCCUUGGCAAACCUCCGGGGGCUGUCGGAGGAGGAGAAGAGUGAGAAGGCGAUGCUGUACUCCCGCAUCCAGGAGCAGUCCCAGCUCAUCUGUAUCCUGAAACGGAGGUCAGACGAGGCCCUGGAGCGCUGCCAGAUCCUGGAGCUGCUCAACACAGAGCUGGAGGAGAAGAGGACGCUGGAGGCUGAGAAGCUGAAGGCCAAGAGCGAGCAGGCCCGGAAACUGGAGGAACGCUUUAUGACCCUGGCAGCCAACCACGAGUUGAUGAUCCGCUUCAAGGAUGAACACAAAAGUCAGAACGUCAAGCUGAGAGAGGAGAACGAGAAGCUGAGGUUGGAGAAUGACCACCUCUUCAGCCAGGCUCUGAAGGACCAGGAGGCCAAAGUAGUGCAGCUCACCGCCCGAAGCGAGGCCCUCACCAAGGAGCUGGAGACUCUGAAACAGAGCAGUGCUCAGGAUGCCCGCCAGGCCCAAGCCCGAGAGAAGGAGCUGCUGGAGCUGCAGAGCCGGCAGGCCUGCGCCCACACCAAGGAGACAGAGCAGCUGCGCAGCCAGCUGCAGAGCCUCGAGCAGCAGCACCAGCAGGCCACGCAGCAGAUGGCCAAGGCCAAGCAGGCACACAGCCAACUGAACCAGGAGCUGCAGGCCAGGCUGCAGAUCGUCACGCGUGAGAAGGAGGAGCUGUUGCAGCUGUCCAUGGAGAGGGGCAAGGUGCUUCAGAACAAGCAAACAGAGAUCCGCCAGCUUGAGGAGAAGUUGGAGACGGCAGAUGUGGCCAGGAGGCAUGCGCUAGAGCGGUUUGAGCAAGAGGCAGUGGCCGUGGACAGUAACUUGAGAGUUCGGGAGCUUCAGCGCAGGGUAGAUGGGAUGCAGAAGGCCUAUGAUGAACUCAGACUGCAGUCCGAGGCCUUCAGAAAGCACAGCCUGGAUCUUUUAAGCAAGGAGAGAGAACUCAAUGCCAAACUCCGCCAUCUCUUUCCAUAAGGAGGCUUCUGCUUCCUCUGGCUUCCAAUUUGGAAACCAAAUAUGUGUGCCUUAUGGCGAAAGUUAAAGAUGGUAUUCCAUUUAUUCUACUUUUAAGUACAAGAGACCGCUCAAAGGAAAGCUACUUUACUAUGAUAUUGUUGUUGCUGCCAUUGUCAGGAUAACACUAAUUUUCAGUCCUACCACCUAGAAUACACGCAAUUUACCAAA